AUGCCAAGAGAGGCGCCACGUAGGGUUGUCGGGUCGUGUGCCUUGGACUGGACGGACGUUGCUUCGCAGAGUCAGUCGAGGCUCAUGGCUCUGCCCGCUGAGCUUCGGGCCAAGAUAUGGACCAGUUUCUUUUCCCACGUGGCACGCCCGCGGUUGCGGUACGCCUGCGAUCUGGAAUGGAGCUUGGAUACGGACUCGCAUUUCGAAAUCGACUGGCUCUACGCCAGCAAGCGGCUCUACCUGGACGCCUGGCCCGUCUGCCUGGCGCAGGUGCGUCUCGACGUGGUGUACAUUGGCCACGCGCCGACGCAAUUGGCUGUUCUGCCUCCGCCGAUCCUUCGAAGAGAGCUUCGCGAGAUAUGCUUCCACUGCCCCGUGUCGGUUAUGGAAGAGCGACCACCGAGGCGGCCAUUUCCUUUCCAUAGGUACCCGCGCCUGAGCACCUUUCGCAUUGCUAGCAACAUCUUGAUUCUUCUGGAUAGAUUCCGGUGCAAGGAGAGCAAUGUCCCCAUGACUGUGGAGGUGUAUCGAGCCCUUUCACCCCCGGAGAGGCUGGCCGCAUGGAAAGACGCCGGCCUGCCGUCCGUGGACGAGAUCAUGGAGCACAUGACCGGCAUGGGCAAAAGCGGCUGGCUAAGUCGCGUCGUUGAUCCAAAGAAUUUUACGCGCCCGCUCGUUCUCACGCUGGACUCGGAUGAUGAUGAUGAUGAUGAGGGUGGUGGUGGUAGGGAGGACAGCAGCGAGGAGUGGCAGGGGUGGACAGAGCCACAAUGUUCGGAGGACGAGCAAGAAGAGAAGGGCCUCUUCUAUCAGGCCCCCCGAUCGGCGGAGUGGUUGGCGGCGAAAGAGGCCCGGGACCUGGAGGCGUUUCGAAGAGUCGCGGAGCAGGUGCACACCUUGGUGGAGGCGGAACUCACGCUCUUCGAACGGAACGUCUACCCCAUGCCGGACGAUACGCUGGAUACACUCUUCGUUCUUGUAGACACGAGGACGCGGAAGAUUAUGGAAAUGAGGAUGCUGGAUGCAGCAGAGAUGGAGGAGAGGGCCCGGUGGGCUGCGCAAGCGUAA